UAUGCCCCCAACAGAAUUUCAACACUUUAGAGCGCGUAAAACACUAAUUUCAAGUAAUCUUUAAGAAGUUUAACCGAAUCAGUUACACUUUCAGUUUUCAGUUAAGCCACUGUGUUCUCUCUCUCACGCUCUCCUCUUUUCUCUCUCCUCCCCUCUCUCUCUCUCUCUGCAUUGAGCUCUGUUCUGUGCAUGGAAGCAACACGUGAGAUUGAGAUUUCCACAAACGGAAAAGAUCAAAGCUGGUAUCUUUUCCACCAUCAAGAACGACCCGCAAUGUCUUUCUCUCUCACUGACGGUUGCAAGAAGAGAAAACGGUGGCCCAAGAUUUUCCGGCUACAAUCCUUCGCAGACCCUGGGUGUCCGAUUUCACCUUCAGGCUCUUUCCGUGAAAACGUUCGGUUCUUUCUUCAAGAAGCUGGUGAGCCUGAAGAUUACACGGUUUUGGGUAAUCCUCUUUGGUCCACGUUUCUCAUUCAUGAUAAGAGUAACCUAAUGGCUCCGUUCUAUACUCUUGAAGAACAAGUUUACAACUCUUCUCAUCCCUUCUGUGAUCAUUGCCGUUGUGUAGGUUGGAGUGGCCACUUUGUAUCAAAGAGAAGGUACCAUUUUAUAAUUCCGAUGGACAAUGCGUGGCAUAAACCGUUAAACGAAGAAGCUCUAGAUAAUCAAAGUCAUCUGUUACAUGGUGUGAUUCAUUGCAAUGGUUAUGGCCAUUUGGUAUGUCUUAAUGGCAUUGAAGGUGGUUCCAAAUUUCUCAGUGGGAGAGAGAUCAUGGAUCUAUGGGACAGAAUUUGUAGCAAUCUUAGAGCAAGGCAAAUUGCAGUAGAAGAUGCUUCAAGGAAAAGGUCAAUGGAUCUUCGAUUAUUACAUGGAGUUGCUUAUGGUCAUUCUUGGUUUGGUAGAUGGGGCUAUAGAUUUUGCCGUGGAAGCUUUGGUGCAACAGAACAAAACUACUAUGAAGCAAUUGAAACUCUCGGUUCGUUAGUUCUUGACGAGAUUGCAAGAGAUUUGAGUAAGACAAAGUGCCAUAAAGAUAUAAAACAGAUGAUUCGUUUCUAUAGAGAUAUGAGUGAAACACAAAUUAUCACAAUUAGAGAGCUUCUCAGAUUCAUGCUCACUGUCAAGUCUCGUCGACCCGUGUCAAAGAUAACAAUCACUUGUUCUUCUGGUUCUAAUUCUGCUUCUGCUUCACCUUCUUAUUCUACUACAACAUUUCUGUCAAGAAAUUCAACCAAACAUGCACUUUCAUGUAGUAGAUCAGAUUCCAUGAGUAAGGAAAAAUCAGCAAGGUAUAAGAAAUUCAGCACAGCAGUGGUGAAUAUGGAUAGUAGAUGGCCAACAAGGAGACUAGAGUUUGCAGCUCAAGUGAUUGUUGAUGCAUUGAAAGAAGACAAAGCUACGAAAUCAGGAUCUAGUGGAAUGACAAGACAAGAUGUGAGGGAUGCAGCUAGGCUUCACAUUGGUGACACAGGUUUACUUGAUUAUGUGCUGAAAUCAUUGAACAAUGUGAUUGUUGGAAACUAUGUCGUUCGCCGCAUGGUUAACCCUUCAUCAAGGAUCCUUGAGUAUACCAUUCAUGAGCUUGGGAAAGGGUUCAAGGCACCUGAAGUGGAACAUGGAGUAAUGACAGUUGCGGAUAAUCCUCAAGUAGAUUCAUCAUCGUCAAUGUCAUCAGCUUUGUCUUUAACUCCUGGUAAUGAUGUUUACAGCGAUGUAGUUUACCUCUACAAGAACGUGUUGUUGGGCUAUCCAGACUCAGAGGCGGUGGAAUUAGCAGUUCAAACAAUUCUUGACUGCAGACACUUUGUGAAAGAGUGGGAAUUGAGAGAUGAAAUGGAACAGGUUCUGACAUUUAUUUGCCGUCUGAAACCAAAUUUCAUCGAGAAUAAAGCUGAUUUAAAAGGGCCAACUUGUGGUGAGCUUGUAACUGUUCCAUUGCACGCCACUGUUAGAGACUUGAAACAAGCUGCUGAAGCUGCUUUAAGGGAUACUUAUUGCAUAGCUGAAAGACUCAUAGUGACAGAUAUAAAAGAACUGAUGGGUGUGGAUGAUAGCGAAGUGAUUUUCGGGUUGAUUGAAUCAGGUGUGAAGCUUUGUGUUAGAGGAAUUAGUAUAGACUUGUGUACACCAUUGAAAUAUCAAGGAGGGUCUGAUAACUGGAAGGUGAGGUGUGAGUGUGGAGCACAGGAUGAUGAUGGUGAGAGAAUGGUGGCUUGUGAUAUUUGUGAGGUGUGGCAGCAUACAAGAUGUUGUGGAAUAGAUGAUACUGAGACUGUUCCACCAUUGUUUGUGUGUACUGGAUGCUGUGAUUCACUUAUGCCACCAAGGAUUGAAUCUAGAAGCUAUGAUAUGGUGGAUUGUGCUGAUGUAUUUCUGGUUUCACCUGAGCCUACUCAUUUGCUUGAGUAUGGUUAUGGGUACUGAAUGUUAUAGACUGAUUGUAAACUGUUGCGCAAAACCUUGUUGGAUUAUACAAUUGUUAAUACAAGUUUUUUGAAAUGUUAAUUUUUGAUAGGGGAAUAAAUGUUUUAAAUUUUUUUUGGCAAAAUGUGUAGUACUCUGUUUUCAUUUGAGAGAAAGAGCUUGAAAUUAAAAUGUAACUGAAAUUGAGGCAAAGUAUUUGUGAACUUUAGUAAAUUUAUUGCAAAUAUUAACCUUAGGUAUUCACUUUCAAAUUGUUUUCUAUGCAAACAAUAAGUUUUAAACAAUGACGAAUCAGAACUCAUAUUGAGAAAAAUCCACAACAACUUCAACAUCUCAUAACUUUGAAAUGAGCUGUUAAGAAUUGAUGCUUCCU